UCCAGGCUGUGCGGAUACAGCUCCUGUCUGCGCGAUUGGCGGAUUUUACAAUAAAUAAGAAGGCAAGGGAUUUGGGGGAAGAUACGGACUUCGUACUAUUAUGACUUUUUUUUCUGUAAACGACAGGUUAUAGAUGUAAAAUCAUGUUGAGGCUUUUUUUUAAUAGCCAAACCACUUUCAUUGUGCAGCUUUCGUGACAUCACUAGAAUGAACUGCCAAGAAACCGUUCUAAUGCAACCAUAUGCUGAUGCCUUGACUUUAUAGGCUACAGCUAAUUUUCUGGGAUGCUAUGGGCUAUAUUAUACUCAAUACGUGGGACGUUUAGUGUAAAUCCGGUGUUUUCCCAGCAGAACAACCCAUUUGAAAUCGUAGGUAUCUUCAUUGUGUCACACGCGCCUUGGGUUCCUUUUGUGGCGCCGGGGCUGCGAAAGGAGGAGGUUGAAUUUUAAACAAUAGAGCGCAAAAUACAGCCCAAGCACAAGGACGGAAACCCACGACUGAAAAGCAGGCGCCUGUGACAAAGAACUCAAGAACAUGAAGAAGCCAGCUCGUGCUGCACUGAUUUGGUUAAAGUAAUCACUGGAUAUAUUUCGCGCUACAUUGUCUCUUGAAAUCCUCAAGGAGAAAACAUGAAUUCAGCUGAAGCAGCCGAGGAGGGACCGAAUGAUUCAGAUACGGAUGCGUUUUUCAAAACCGGGUCCUUCAGGAACGAUGGGAUUAAGGCGUCUGAUGUCCUGCCUGUGCUGAAAGAGAAAGUGGCCUUUGUGUCAGGAGGUCGUGAUAAGAGAGGUGGCCCCAUACUGACCUUCCCUGCCAGAAGCAACCAUGACAGAAUAAAACACGAGGAGCUGCGACAGCUGGUGACGUAUCUCUCCACCGUGCCCAGUGAGGACGUGUGCAAGCGGGGGUUCACAGUGAUCAUUGAUAUGCGCGGCUCCAAGUGGGACCUGAUCAAGCCUCUACUGAAGACCCUGCAGGAAGCCUUCCCUGCCGAGAUCUGCGUGGCGCUCAUCAUCAAACCCGACAACUUCUGGCAGAAGCAGAAGACCAACUUUGGUAGUGCCAAGUUCACAUUUGAGACUAGCAUGGUGUCAGUGGAGGGGCUGACUAAGUUGGUGGACCCGUCCCAGCUGACAGACGACUUUGAGGGCUCUCUGGAGUACAACCACGAGGAGUGGAUGGAUCUGCGCGUGGCCCUGGAGGAGUUCAUGGGGAGCGCCGUUCACCUCCUCUCCCGCCUGGAGGACCUCCAGGAGCUUCUGGCCAAGAAGGAGUUCCCGGUGGACGUGGAGGGCUCCCGGUGCCUCAUCGACGAGCACACACAGCUUAAGAAGAAGGUGAUGAAGGCUCCCGUGGAGGAGCUAGACCGCGAGGGCCAGAGGCUGCUUCAGUGUAUCCGUUCUAGUGAUGGGUUUUCUGGGAGGAACUGCAUCUCGGGCAGCGCUGACUUCCAGAGCGUGGUGCCCAAGAUCGCCAGCCUGCUGGACAAGUUGCACUCGACCAGACAGCACCUGCACCAGAUAUGGCACGUCCGCAAGCUCAAACUGGACCAGUGUUUCCAGCUUCGCCUCUUUGAGCAGGAUGCAGAGAAGAUGUUUGACUGGAUCAGCCACAAUAAGGAAGUGUUCCUGCAGAGCCACACAGAGAUCGGAGUCAGCUACCAGCACGCCAUGGACCUCCAGACGCAGCACAAUCACUUUGCCAUGAAUUCUAUGAAUGCCUAUGUGAACAUCAACCGGAUCAUGUCAGUGGCGUCGCGGCUGUCGGAGGCGGGACACUACGCCUCGCAGCAGAUCAAACAGAUCUCGGCCCAACUGGACCAGGAGUGGAAGGGCUUCGCCGCCGCACUGGACGAACGCAGCACCAUCCUGGCCAUGUCGGCCGUCUUCCACCAGAAGUCGGAACAGUUCCUGGCUGGGGUGGAGGCCUGGUGCAAGAUAUGCAGUGAAGGGGGGCUGCCCUCGGAGAUGCAGGACCUGGAGCUGGCCAUCCACCACCACCAAACCCUCUACGAACAGGUGACCCAGGCCUACACCGAGGUCAGUCAGGAUGGCAAGGCCCUGCUGGAUGUCCUCCAGAGACCACUGAGCCCAGGGAACUCAGAGUCUCUGACGGCCACAGCCAACUACUCCAAGGCAGUCCACUGUAUCCUGGACGUGGUCCAUGAGGUCCUGCACCACCAGAGACGCCUGGAGAGCAUCUGGCAGCACCGCAAAGUCCGCCUCCACCAGAGGCUACAGCUCUGUGUGUUCCAACAGGACGUCCAACAGGUGAUGGACUGGAUAGAGAACCAUGGAGAGGCCUUCCUUAGCAAACACACGGGCGUGGGCAAGUCCCUCCACCGCGCCAGGGCACUGCAGAAACGCCACGACGAUUUUGAGGAGGUGGCACAGAACACCUACACCAACGCAGACAAGCUCCUGGAGGCGGCCGAGCAGCUGGCCCAGACUGGGGAAUGUGACCCGGAGGAGAUCUAUAAAGCAGCGCGGCACCUGGAGGUCAGGAUCCAAGACUUUGUCCGGCGGGUGGAGCAGAGGAAACUGCUGCUGGACAUGUCUGUCUCCUUCCACACCCACACCAAGGAGUUGUGGACAUGGAUGGAGGACCUGCAGAAGGAGCUGUUGGAGGAAGUGUGUUCAGACUCGGUGGAGUCAGUCCAGGAGCUCAUCAAGCAGUUCCAGCAGCAGCAGACGGCCACCCUGGAGGCUACGCUCAACGUCAUCAAGGAGGGAGAGGACCUCAUCCAGCAGCUCAGGGACGCUGCCAUGUCCACCAACAAGAUGCCCCACAACAGCUCCAUCGCCCACAUUGAGAGUGUCCUGCAGCAGCUGGACGAGGCCCAGGGCCAGAUGGAGGAGCUGUUCCAUGAGAGGAAGAUCAAGCUGGACAUCUUCCUGCAGCUACGCAUCUUUGAGCAGUACACCAUCGAGGUGACGGCGGAGCUGGAUGCGUGGAACGAAGACCUUCUGCGCCAGGUGAACGACUUCAACUCGGAGGACCUGACCCUGGCCGAGCAGCGGCUGCAGCGCCACACGGAGCGCAAGCUGGCCAUGAACAACAUGACCUUCGAGGUGAUGCAACAGGGACAGGACCUUCACCAGUACAUCAUGGAGGUCCAGGCCUCAGGCAUUGAGUUGACUGGGGAGAAAGAGGUGGAUCUGGCCACUCAGGUCCAGGAGCUGCUGGAGUUCCUCCAUGAGAAGCAGCAUGAGCUGGACGUCAGCGCUGACCAGACCCAGAAGAGACUGCAGGAGUGUCUGCAGCUCCGCCACCUGCAGUCAGAGGUCAAACAGGUCCUGGGCUGGAUCCGGAAUGGGGAGUCCAUGCUGAACGCCAGCAUGGUGAAUGCCAGCUCGCUGUCAGAGGCAGAGCAACUCCAGAGGGAGCAUGAACAGUUCCAGCUGGCCAUCGAGUCCCUGUUCCAUGCCAAUUCCCUCCAGAAGACCCACCAGAGUGCCCUGCAGGUGCAGCAGAAGGCUGAGGUCAUGCUCCAGGCGGGCCAUUUUGACCCGGACGGCAUACGGGCCUGCGCCGAGAAGGUGGCCAUGCACUGGCAGCAGCUCAUGCUCAAGAUGGAGGAUCGUCUCAAGCUGGUCAACGCUUCUGUGGCCUUCUACAAGACCUCAGAGCAGGUGUGCAGUGUGCUGGAGAGUCUGGAGCAGGAGUACAGGAGGGAUGAGGACUGGUGUGGUGGACAUGACAAGCUUGGAGCCAUGGCCGAGACGGACCAUGUCAUCCCCCUCAUCAGCAAACACCUGGAGCAGAAGGAAGCCUUCCUCAAGGCUUGCACGUUGGCCAGGAGAAAUGCUGAGGUAUUCCUGAAGUAUAUCCACAGGAACAACGUGGGUAUACCUGGUGCAUCAGGCCACGCCAGAGGACCCGAGCAGCAGGUUAAAGCCAUCCUCAGUGAGCUGCUCCAGAGGGAGAACCGGGUUCUGCACUUUUGGACCAUGAAGAAACGACGCCUGGACCAGUGCCAGCAGUAUGUGGUGUUCGAACGCAGUGCCAAACAGGCCUUAGACUGGAUCCAGGAAACAGGAGAGUAUUACCUCUCCACUCACACCUGCCCUGGAGAGAGCUGCGAGAGGAGUCAUGAACUGCUGAAGGAGUACGAGGAAUUCCGAGUGUCCGCCAAGCAAACCAAGGAGAAGGUGAAGCUCCUCAUUCAGCUGGCCGACAGCUUUGUGGAAAAGGGCCAUGUUCACGUCACUGAGCUGAAGAAGUGGGUCACCACGGUGGACAAGCGCUACCGAGACUUCUCCCUCCGGAUGGGGAAGUACCGCUCCAGCCUGGAGAAAUCACUAGGCAUCAGCUCCGAGGAUAAUAAGGACUUGGAGCUGGACAUCAUCCCAGCCAGCCUGACUGAUCCUGGGGAGGUGAAGCUCCGCGACCCCAACCACGAGGUCAACGAGGAGAAAAGGAAGUCAGCCAGGAAGAAAGAGUUCAUAAUGGCUGAACUCCUUCAGACUGAGAAGGCCUAUGUCAGGGACUUGCAUGAAUGUUUAGAGACGUACCUGUGGGAGUUGACAAGUGGGGUGGAGGAGAUUCCGCCUGGCAUCGUCAACAAGGAGCACAUCAUCUUCGGCAACAUCCAGGAGAUUUAUGAUUUCCAUAACAGCAUUUUCCUCAAAGAGCUAGUGAACUAUGAGCAGCUACCGGAAGAUGUGGGCCAUUGUUUUGUCACAUGGGCUGAUAAAUUCCACAUGUACGUCAAUUACUGUAAAAACAAACCGGAUUCCAGCCAACUCAUCUUGGAGCAUGCUGGAAGCUUCUUCGAUGAAAUCCAGCAGCGACACGGAUUGGCCAACUCCAUCUCCUCCUACCUUAUCAAGCCAGUGCAGAGGAUCACUAAGUACCAGCUUCUCCUCAAGGAGCUGCUGACCUGCUGUGAGGAGGGGAAGGGGGAGAUCAAGGAUGGCCUGGAAGUUAUGCUUAGUGUACCCAAGAGGGCCAACGACGCUAUGCAUGUCGCCAUGCUGGAAGGUUUCGAUGAGAAUCUGGACGUGCAGGGAGAGCUGUUCAUCCAGGACACUUUCCAGGUGUGGGAUCCCAAGUCUCUGAUCCGGAAGGGCCGGGACCGUCAUCUCUUCCUGUUUGAGAUCUCCCUGGUGUUCAGCAAGGAGAUCAAGGACUCGGCUGGACGCACCAAAUACGCCUUCAAGAACAAACUGCUGACAUCCGAGCUGGGUGUGACGGAGCACAUUGAAGGGGACCCCUGUAAGUUUGCCCUGUGGGCUGGAAGGACCCCCUCAUCUGACAACAAGACUGUCCUCAAGGCAUCCAGUAUUGAAGCAAAGCAGGAGUGGAUCAAGAACAUCCGGGAGGUGAUCCAGGAGAGGAUCAUCCACCUCAAGGGGGCGCUGAAGGAGCCCAUCCACAUGCCCAAAACCCCGGCCAAGCCACGCAACAACAGCAAGAGGGAUGCUGGUGAGGAUGCAGACAGCCAGGGUGACGGCAGCAGCCAGCCAGACACCAUCUCCAUCGCUUCCAGGACUUCUCAGAACACUGUGGACAGUGAUAAGCUCUCUGGAGGCUGUGAGUUGACAGUGGUGCUGCAGGACUUCACGGCAGGUUGUUCCAGCGAGCUCAGCCUUCAGACGGGUCAGACGGUGGAGCUACUGGAGAGGCCCAGUGACCGCCCCGGCUGGUGUCUGGUGCGGACCACUGACCGUAGCCCCCCUCAGGAGGGCCUGGUGCCCAGCUCGGCCCUCUGUAUCUCUCACUCCCGCAGCAGCGUGGAGAUGGAAUGCUUCUUCCCCACAGGGAAAGAGAACUACUCGGUCAGCGGGCCCGAAGGAGCGAAGACCGAGUCGGUGGCCAACCUGCAGUCCCAGGCCUCCCUGAGCUCCAUCCAGUCCAGCUCUCCGGGACCCAAGCGCUCGGGCAACACCCUCAAGAAGUGGCUGACCAGCCCUGUGCGCCGCCUCAGCCACGGCAGCAGCGUCAAGAAGUUCCCCAGCAAGCACAAGAAGAGGGACGGCCGCAAGAGCAUCGACCUGGGGCCCCCAGAGAGCUCCCUGCACGACGAGAACGUAGAUGAGAGGGGCAGGAAGGAGCGCACCCUGUCCAAGUCCUCCUCUGGAAUGCAGAGCGGAGGAGAGGAGGAGCCUGAGGACGACUCUCACACCCCCCUGCCGCCCCCCAUGGAGAUCAUCAAGGACCCCUCGUCCCAGGAGGAGAAGUCCUCCGCAUUGCUUACUGCACGUCAGGGCUCUGCCGAUGUCCCCAGCGCUGCGGAGCUUGUCAGUGCAAUAGAAAAGUUGGUAAAAACUAAGCUGAAUCUGGAGCCAGGUGCCUACCCCAGCUUCACCACUUUGACCCCUCCGGAACAGACCAGCCCAGCCCUGCCCAGGAACCCUGAAAUGGAUCAGAAGGCCAAAGCUCUGCGCGGACGCAUGUUUGUCCUCAAUGAGCUGGUACAGACGGAGAAGGACUAUGUCAAGGACUUGGGGAUUGUAGUGGAGGGGUUCAUGAAGAGGAUAGAGGAUAAGGGAGUCCCUGAAGAUAUGAAAGGAAAAGACAAAAUCGUUUUUGGGAAUAUUCACCAGAUCUACGACUGGCACAAAGAUUUUUUUGUCGGUGAGCUGGAGAAAUGUCUUGAAGACAACGAGCACCUUCCUGAGCUUUUCAUUAAACAUGAGAGACGACUACACAUGUAUGUGGUUUACUGCCAGAACAAGCCCAAGUCUGAAUUCAUUGUCGCUGAGUACGACACAUUCUUCGAGGGCAUACAGCAAGAGAUCAGUUCAAGACUUGGCAUAAGUGACUUUCUCAUAAAGCCAAUUCAGAGAAUUACCAAGUAUCAGCUACUUCUAAAGGACUUCUUAAAGUAUAGUUCCAAAGCAGGACUAGAUUGCCAAGAGAUGGAGAAAGCAGUUGGUUUAAUGUCCCAGGUCCCCAAGCUUUGCAAUGACAUGAUGAAUCUUGGCAGACUACAAGGCUAUGAGGUGCUGUACAUUUCAUCAUUUAGUUAUUUAGCUACGAUAUUCCACUCAGUAACAGUCACCACUGUUUUCCAGGGUGUCAAUAAAAGCAUGCACAUUAAAUAGGAAACAAGUAAUGCUGCAGAUCAAGAGUGUGAUAUAAUUACAUUUGUUAUGGCAUACAUGUACAGGAAGUUACUACCAGGAUCAGUUAUGAUUUUAGAAUUGUUACAAUCCAUGCUCAUCUGGUGAAAAAUGUGGAAUUAAUCACGAAGCUGUAUUAGCUGUGUUAUUGGACAUUUUAACUCAAUCAGGUCAUGGCUUAGAGAGUCUAAUGUUUGUUCUUCCACAGGCAUAGUAAAAUUCACUUUGACAACACUCAGACUCCAUGAAAUCUCUGACCUCUAAGAUAAGCAAAGAUUUGCCUUGCCAGCUGUAACAGUGGUGAGAUUUAAGCACUGUGUUUGCCAAUGGCCUGGACUACAUCCCAAAUGGCACCCUAUUCCCUAUAUAGUGCACUACUUUUGACCAGAGCCUUAUGGGCCCUAGUCAAAAGUAGUGCGCUAAACAUGCAAUAGGGUUCUAUUUGAGAUGCAACCCUGGUCUCAGAUCCAGUACAAGGGUCUGCUGUUAGCUUUAUGACCUGGUGAGAAAAAAAAGGGCUGAUAGACUGGGCAAUGCCCUUGUGUUGACAGACAGACUGGGGCUUGGCUGACUCUGCUUUAUUCUCCAGCGUUGAUAGAUGUUGAGUCGUAACUGAUCCUGUGUGUGUGUGUUUGUGCGCGCGCCUUCCCCAGGUAA